UUUAGUUGUGCUGUUGGCGGUGUAAAGCAAGCGAAUUGUGUGGUACUUUUGCGGAAUACCACUUUUUUCCUUUUUCAUCAUCGUCGCAAUUAUUGUUGGUUCGCCGCGAGCGCAAGCGAGAUAGCAAACGUGGGGUUCUUUCGUCGUUCCAGAGGGACGGAAAUUGGUUGCUGUCUUGUCAUUUUUUCCUUCCGGAAUCCGGCUCAUUCGGGUCUGACCAGUGUCCAGAAGAGUUGCGGAGUACGAAAUCGUCCGGAUUAGUGGAAAAUUAUCUUGGGAGAAAAGAGUGCAUUUUUUUUCUUACUUGCUGCAGUAUCAUUACGGUCAGUCGGUUUGGUGUGCUGUGAAGAAGAGUAUAGCUGUAGUAGGGUGGUAAAAACAGUGUGCGCUAGUGUUCGCGAUACGAAGGGCAAGAAAAAACAGCCGACCGCGAAGAAAGAGAAGUGAAUUUUGUAGCGCAUUUUUUUUCUCUGGACCCGCCGACUAGCGUUGGUUUUUUUGUGUGGUGGAAUUUCGAAAGAUUCGGAUUAGAUAGCUUGCGGAAAGCAGUGGUCGAGCAGUUUCCAGUCGCGGGACAAUGUCGGACGAAAACCAGGAAAAUGGUACCCGCAACGGCGACGUACCGGAAAUCGAACUGAUCAUCAAGGCUUCCACGAUCGAUGGCAGACGUAAGGGAGCGUGCUUGUUCUGUCAGGAAUACUUCAUGGAUUUGUAUCUGCUGGCAGAGCUGAAAACUAUUAGUCUAAAGGUCACAACAGUGGACAUGCAAAAACCUCCGCCCGAUUUCCGUACCAAUUUCGAAGCGACCCAUCCACCCAUCCUAAUCGACAACGGACUCGCCAUCUUGGAGAAUGACAAAAUCGAACGACACAUUAUGAAAUCCGUGCCCGGUGGUUACAAUCUUUUCGUUCAGGACAAAGAAGUGGCCACCCUGAUUGAGAACCUGUACUCCAAGCUGAAGCUGAUGCUGGUCAAGAAAGACGAAAACAAAAACAACUCUCUGCUGGCACAUCUGCGGAAGAUCAACGACCAUCUAGCAAUGCGGGCCACCCGGUUCCUGACCGGUGACACCAUGUGCUGCUUCGACUGCGAACUGAUGCCCCGACUGCAGCACAUUCGGGUCGCCGGCAAGUACUUUGUCGACUUCGAGAUACCAAAACACCUAACGGCUCUGUGGCGGUAUAUGUACCACAUGUACCAGCUGGACGCCUUCACGCAAUCCUGUCCCGCCGAUCAGGACAUCAUCAAUCACUACAAGCUGCAGCAGGCAAAAGGUGACAUUAAGAUGCUGAAGAUGAAGAAACACGAGGAACUGGAAACGCCCACGUUUACCACAUCGAUCCCGAUUGACCUAAACGAUCACUAGAGAGAGAGAGAGAGAGGCGGUAGAAUCAGAACUUUUUAUUAGAGAUGCGGAAGCCGUACCGUGAAAUUAGAUAACAAACAAACACAACAUUUUGAUAACCAUUUACAAUAAUGAUACAUCCGCGAGUCCGCCAAACGGAACCCAUCGCACGUUGGCAGCAGUGCUGCCAGCUGCAAAACAAAAUAUGUACGGUCUACUAAACCGAUCGUUGCCUUUUUUCUAUUGUUCCGUGAAGGCCAUCAUGGAUGGGUAAUUUAUAAAUGAGGGAAAUAAUUCAGCGGCAGCAGUGUAGUGAAAUCGAGCAGACAUCAAUUCGAAAGCAAAAAAAACAAAUGUAAAGAUUAUUCUAAGUAGAAUUUAGUGGAUAAAUUCGUUGUUUAUUAUCUUGUAUUUUUAAAUCCUAUUAUGUUGGUACCGAGAAAAGACACGCGGUUGAAUAAAACAGGCUAGUUAUGGCCAACGUAAACAGAAUGAAUUAAAAAAAAGGAUAACGCAGUGUUUCUUUCCCAACUGAGAUGAUACCUAUAUCGAUUAGGCUAAUCCUAACCCCCCAGCUCCUACUACUGAGUCACAAACAAAAACGAAUCUUUCCCCCACCCAAACCCCUCUUAUAUGAACACUUCUCCCCGGUAUGGCGAUUUCAACUGAAUCAAACACAACCAACGAAUCUUUAUAGUAACAACACAUGAAAGGCUUAAAACUAACAAAACAGCAAUUCGAGAAAAAUCACAAUUUUAAAUGUUUUUAACUUGAGUCGAAAUAGUUGGAAUAGGCAAAAUAAGGAGGGAUCUUAGUUGUUAAGUAUCAUAUGCAAUUGGAUCGAUUUAUUUGGAAAAUAAAUUAAAAAACAACACAUAACUUUGUGUAAAUAUAACGCAAACUCAAUAGUAAUGAGAUAAAAAAAAGAUAGUACACGGUCAAGUUUUAAGCAAAGUACGUUAUUACCCAUUCACACAUAUAGAAUAGAUCACGUAAAAUAAACAAUUGCGGAACGUAGUUGUAGCAAAUGGUUGUUUUUGUGAAGACGAUGAUAAACAAUACAAAAAAUGCGCAUCAGCUUUUUUAACGAAACAAAUUGACCUUUAUUUGCAGGUAAACCUGAGCAGAGAGUUAUAACUUUUUUGUUGUAAAUUAUUUACUUACAACUUGUUUUAUAUGUGCUGUUGAAAGAGACAAAGAUAAAUAAAUGAAAAUGAUUCCUUUUUCGACUCGAA